AUGUUUUCAGAUACAGUGAUCAAGUGGGCUCGUGAUGUUUACGAAGAGGCGAUUGUGUCGGUGAAAACAGUGCGAGACUUCACGCAAAUUUUUGACGCAUACGCGAAUUUCGCUGAGCGCUCAACUGCGGCAAAAAUGGAUGAGAUUAAUAAGUCGGAGACGAUGAAUCAAAAGGAGCGUGAACUGGAGCUGGAGCUAUUGUUUGCAAGGUAUGGUGACUGA